AUGCGGCGGAAGGAGGACCCGCUGGAUAACAUCUUCGCCGUCAUACAGGGCCACACGGGACCGCCCCUGGCGCUCCUGGUGGUCACCGCGGCGACUGUGGGCAGCGCCCUCACGACGCUCGCGCUGCGCCGAUGGGGACCGGAGGCUUCACCGUCAUCAUCGUCGCCUCGCGACGAGGACGACGAGCUCGAAGACCUGGACGCGACAUCGGUAGACUCCGCGCCCGGACGCGCGAUGACGUCGACGAUGAAGAGGGCGGAGGUCGAGGAGUGGGACAGGUACUUCGCGAUGGACGCCGCGACUCCCUCGGACCGGGAGGACCGGGGCCGGCCGCACCAUGAUGAUUCGGACCUGUUUGAUUCGGACAUCGACGAGGAGACGCUGUGGCGGGGCGCGUCCGAGGCCAUGAAGACCCUCUCCGGGGACCUGGGAACCUCCGGAUUCAGCAACGACCGGUCGUCGUACGACUCCCCGCCCGUCAGCGAGGGCGCCAGACGGCGGAUGGACGGCAGGCGGAGACGAAGCGAGGACGGCAUCGGCCAGGCUUCGGCGUCGCCGAGGGUGGAGACCAUCGAGGAGGAUGAGCGCGAGGGCGGCGCGUCGUGGCCGACGAAGGAACCGACGGUCACGCAGAAACGCCUCGACGUCGUCUUCGCGGCGCAGCGGGAGGAAUCCCCGAGGACGGUGCUCGGGGACGUCACCAACGCGCGACGUCGAUGA